AAUCAAGAAAUCUAAAUUUAAUCUUUUUAGAAGUACAAAUGCAAUUGUGCCCACCUCCACCUCAGAUUCCCAAUGCUCAAGAUAUGACAACUACAGUGAAUUAUCAGGAUGGAGAAAAAAUAUCUAUUCUCUGUAAAGAAGAGUAUCUAAUCCAGAGAGGAGAAGAAAUCGUGUGCAAAGACGGCAGAUGGCAGUCAAUACCACGCUGUGUGGAAAAAACACCAUGCUCUCAACCGCCUCGUAUAGAACAUGGUACCAUUGAAUCAUCUAAAUCUACAGAAGAAAGGAAAAAGAGAUCUGAACCCAAGCGUUAUGCACAUGGCACCAGAUUAAGUUAUAUUUGUGAAGAUGGUUUCAGGUUGUCUGAAGGCAAUGGGAUAACCUGCAACAUGGGAAAAUGGAGUUCUCCACCUCAGUGUGUAGGAAUUCCUUGUGAACCACCAGCAUUGAUUCCACACGGUGUUCUAUCUCACAAGUUAGACAGUUACCAAUAUGGAGAAGAAGUGAUGUACAGCUGUACCGAAGGUUUUGGGAUUGACGGACCUGCAUCUAUAAGAUGUUUAGGAGGAAAAUGGUCUGAUCCGCCACCAUGCAUAAAAACGGAUUGUCUUAGCUUACCCAUCUUUAAUGAUGUCAUACUCAUAGGCCAGAAAAAGGAAUCAUAUAGGUCAGGAGAACAAGUGGCUUAUAAAUGUCCAGAAUAUUACCAAUUGGAUGGAUCCAGUUUUGUCCAGUGUGUUAACGGCAAAUGGAUAGGAAGGCCAACAUGCAGAGGCAUUUCGAUGAAAUUUUUAAAUUUAUUUAUGAAAGUGCCUGAAGUAAAAUAAUAUAGAAUUCCCUCU